GCGCUACUACGGCGGCGGAGUUGUACGCAGUCGAGCCCGUGCGCGUACACAGUGAUCGCGAUGAGCUGUAGGUAAACGGUCCUCGUACGUUCGCGAUCGGAUUUCCAGCGCAUUAAAUACAUUAAUCGUCGCGUCGCAGGGCCGCUAUUUUUUUUUUUUUUUUUUACGUCGGUUUCUCGCGGGUGGUUUUUUUUUUUUCAUUUUUUCUUUUCCUUCCUCCGUCCCCCUCGAACCGUACGACUGUACCGAGUGACGUCGUCAUCGCUACCGCAACAUGACCGUUAACGACGAAUCCGUCGUCGUCGUCCCUCUGGACGAGCUGACCGCUGCGAAACAAGACGGUCGUUUAAUCGAUCCCAUGUCUGUUAUCAGGAGACCCAGUUCGGUUAAAGUGACCAUCACGCCAUGCCAGCCUAAAACUCUGAGCCAUCUGCCCAAGAGGCCGCCGGUGGACAUCGCUUUUUCCGACCUCAUGUACACCGUGACCGAAGGCGCCAAAAGCACUCCAAAAAAUAUUCUAAAAUCCGUCAGCGGUCGUUUAAAGUCCGGUGAAUUGACAGCUAUCAUGGGUCCGUCUGGUGCUGGAAAAUCUACGUUACUCAACAUACUUACAGGAUACAAAUGCUCCGGUGUAAAAGGUUCCAUCACUAUUAACGGACACGAAAGAAAUCUGAGUCAAUUUAGAAAACUAUCGUGUUACAUUAUGCAGGAUAAUCAGCUCCACGCCAAUUUGUCCGUAGAAGAAGCUAUGCACGUCGCUACUUCUUUAAAAUUAGGAUCAGACAUAUCAGAGGACAGUAAAUAUCAAGUGAUUCAAGAAAUUUUAGAAACCCUCGGAUUGCAAGAACACCGAAGGACAAUGACGAGCAAUUUGUCAGGUGGACAGAAAAAACGUUUGUCCAUCGCUCUUGAACUUGUCAACAAUCCUCCUAUUAUGUUUUUUGACGAACCCACCAGUGGAUUAGACAGUAGUUCUUGUUUCCAAUGCAUUUCCCUUCUGAAAUCGUUGAGCCGCGGCGGCCGCACGAUUAUCUGCACUAUUCAUCAACCUAGUGCCCGUUUAUUCGAGAUGUUUGACCAUCUGUACACCCUCGCUGAAGGACAAUGUGUUUACCAGGGUUCCACAAAACAACUUGUUCCUUUCCUCGGUACCCUUGGAUUAGAAUGUCCGAGUUACCACAACCCUGCAUCGUACUUAAUUGAAGUAUCAUGUGGUGAGUAUGGAGAUAAUGUACGCAAAUUGGUGACUGCUAUCGACAAUGGAAAAUAUGAUAUUCAAGUGGGUAAGCCGUUCCCACCAGCCAAGGCUUUGAACAAUGUUAACCCAAAAGACAUUGUAAAAAGUAGCAAUUUAUCUUCUAAUUUUAUUGAAGUAGAUAAACUAUCGAAAUCGGUCGAUUCUGAUAGCUUAUUACAGUAUUCAGGAAAUCAAUUUUCUAAACUUGAUGAUGACUCAAUUAUAAAUUCAGAAUUGAGUUCGAUUAAAACUGGAAAUUUAAAUAAUGCCGAUGAAGCAACUGAUACUUUAUUAAAAAAUGGUUUACCAAGUAGUCAACAGCGAUAUGCUACUUCAGAGUUUGUUCAAUUUUGGAUUGUUCUGAAGCGAACAUUACUAUUCAGUAGAAGAGAUUGGACUCUUAUGUACUUACGUUUGUUUGCUCACAUUUUGGUUGGAUUUUUAAUUGGUUCAUUGUACUAUGAUAUUGGUAAUGAUGGCGCAAAAGUACUUAGUAAUCUUGGAUUUUUGUUUUUCAACAUGUUGUUCCUUAUGUACACUUCAAUGACGAUCACUAUUUUAUCAUUCCCUCUAGAGUUGCCUGUUUUAAUCAAAGAAAAUUUUAAUAGAUGGUAUUCUCUCAGGUCAUAUUAUUUGGCCAUUACAUUAUCAGACAUUCCAUUUCAGGCGAUAUUUUGUGUUAUGUAUGUGAGUAUUGUUUAUUACAUGACAUCACAACCGCUGGAAAUGUUUAGAUUUGGUAUGUUCUUAUCUGCUUGUCUUCUUAUAUCAUUUGUUGCUCAAAGUGUUGGGCUUGUGGUUGGAGCUGCAAUGAAUGUACAAAACGGAGUGUUCUUAGCUCCAGUAAUGUCUGUACCUUUCUUGCUCUUCUCUGGUUUCUUUGUUAGCUUUGAUGCUAUACCUAUUUACUUGCGAUGGAUUACAUAUUUAAGUUACAUCCGUUACGGUUUUGAAGGUACAGCAUUGGCAACUUAUGGAUAUGAACGAGAAAUUCUCAAAUGUCAUCAGGUAUACUGCCAUUUCAAAAAACCUUUAACCACACUGAGAGAAUUAGAUAUGACCACUGCUAGUUUCACAUUGGAUAUUGGUGCAUUGAUUGUUAUCUUCUUUGUGUUACGUGUAUCUGCAUUUAUAUUCCUCCGGUGGAAGCUCAAGUCCUCACGUUAAUUUAAAUUAUUAUUGAAAAGCUCUCUUCUAUUAAGAUCAACUAUGAGUUAGGUAAUCAAUAUAUUUGAUAUAUAUUUUCUAAAAUUUUAUAUACAUUAAUGUAUGUAGCAAAAUACAAACAUAUAAAUUUAUUACUGUAUUUUUUAUAUUACUUUUGCCCGGUUAUGGUUUAUUCAGAUUUUAUAAUAGUUAGGAUUUUCUAUUAAUUCUCUAUUUUUAAGUAAAUUUUGUGAUAUAAACAUUCUCAUCAAGGCAAUAUAUUUUGACUAAAAAAAACUGAUAAAAUGAAGAAAAAAAACUAGUUACGAU